GCCGUGUUCCUCCUUCCCUUGUCCCGGGCAAACCCUAAGCUUCAUCCACCUCCAUUCGCAGUAUGCUCCCCCAUAAACCCCAUUAUUACCGCUCAAUAUCCACUCUCUGCUCUCCCGCCGACGCUCUUCUCGCCGACAAAGCUAUUGCCUAUCUCCGACGCCACCCGGAGCAGCUCACCCUUCUUUCAUCCCACUUCACUCCUCAAGCGUCCUCCAAUUUACUCCUCAAGUCCCAAUUCGAUCGCAAUUUAGUCCUCAAAUUCCUCGAUUGGGCACGGUCUCAACAAUUCUUCUCCUUUCAAUGCAAAUGUCUCACGCUCCACAUCCUCACUCGCUUCAAACUCUACAAGACAGCCCAAUCUCUAGCUGAGGAAGUGGCGGUCAAUACGAGUGAUGAGACUGGAGUCGAUCUCUUUCAUUGCCUUAAAAACUCGUAUCACUGGUGUCAGUCGAGCUCUGCGGUAUUCGAUCUUGUAGUUAAGUCUUGUUCUCGAGUUAACUUGAUUAAUAAGGCUUUGAACAUUGUAAAUUUAGCUAAGUCUCAUGGAUUUAUGCCUGGUGUGCUUUCUUAUAAUGCUCUUUUAGAUGCGGUAGUUAGGACGAAACAGUCGGUUAAGAUGACGGAGGGGGUCUUUAAGGAGAUGAUAGAAUCUGGGGUUUCCCCAAAUGUGUAUACGUAUAAUGUUUUGAUUCGUGGGUUUUGUACUGCUGGCAAUUUGGAGAUGGGUCUCUCUUUUUUUGGUGAAAUGGAGAGAAAUGGUUGUCUGCCAAACGUGGUUACUUAUAAUACAAUAAUUAAUGCUUAUUGUAAGUUGAGGAAGAGUGAUGAGGCAUUCAAGUUAUUGAGAUCAAUGGCAUUCAAAGGCUUGGAGCCAAAUUUGAUUUCAUACAAUGUGUUGAUAAAUGGGUUAUGUCGAGAAGGAAGAAUGACGGAGACGAGUGACAUUCUCGAGGAAAUGAAUAAAAGGAGAUAUGUUCCUGAUGAGGUGACAUUUAAUACACUUAUAAAUGGAUACUGUAAGGAAGGUAAUUUUCAUCAAGCACUCAUGUUGCACGCAGAGAUGGUGAAGAAUGGUUUGUCGCCGGAUGUUGUUACGUAUACAACUUUGAUUAAUAGUAUGUGUAAGGCUGGUAAUAUGAACAGAGCUAUGGAAUUUUUGGACCAGAUGCGAGAUAGAGGACUAUGUCCGAAUGGGAGGACGUAUACUACAUUGAUCGAUGGAUUUUCUCGGCAGGGAUUACUAGACCAAGCAUACCAGGUUAUGAAAGAAAUGGUUAAGAAUGGAUUCUCCCCUACAAUUGUUACCUAUAAUGCUCUCGUUAAUGGGCACUGCCUCAUAGGGAGGAUGGACGAGGCCAAUGGGCUCCUUCAAGAAAUGACCGAGAGAGGUCUUAUGCCUGACGUUGUGAGCUAUAGUACCAUAAUUUCAGGUUUUUCUCGAAAUCAAGAACUGGAGAAAGCUUUUCAAAUGAAAGUAGAGAUGGUGACUAAGGGUAUUUCUCCUGAUGCAGUAACUUAUUCAUCGCUAAUUCAAGGUCUUUGUGAACAGAGGAGACUUAGUGAAGUUUGUGAUCUCUUUCAAGAAAUGUUGAGUCUGGGUUUGCCUCCUGACGAAGUUACUUACACAUCCUUGAUCAAUGCUUACUGCAUUGAAGGGGAUUUAGAUAAGGCUCUUAGGUUGCACGAUGAGAUGAUACAAAAGGGGUUUGUACCUGAUAUUGUUACCUAUAAUGUGCUUAUUAAUGGAUUAAAUAAGCAAGCUCGUACCAAGGAAGCAAAGAGGCUUCUGCUGAAGAUAUUACAUGAAGAAUCUGUGCCAAAUGAAAUCACAUAUAAUACUCUGAUAGAGAACUGUAACAAUUUAGAAUUCAAGAGUGCUUUGGCUCUUAUGAAGGGAUUCUGUAUGAAGGGUUUAAUGAAUGAAGCAGACAGAGUUUUCGAGUCGAUGCUUCAGAAAGGUUACAAACCCAAGGAGGCAGUUUACAAUGUCAUUAUUCACGGUCACAGUAAAGUUGGAAAUAUUGAAAAAGCAUACAAUUUGUACAAGGAAAUGUUACGUUCUGGAUUUGUUCCCGACUCUGUGACUAUCAUGGCUCUGGCUAAAUCACUAUUUUCUGAAGGAAAAGAUGUUGAGUUGAAUCAACUUCUUGAGUACACACUGAAAAGCUGUAGGAUAACUGAUGCCGAGCUUGCGAAGGUACUUGUCGAAAUCAACAAUAAAGAAGGUAACAUGGAUGCAGUUUUCAAUGUGCUUAAAGAUAUGGCUCACAGUGGCUUACUACCGUACAGUUCUGCUAACUGAGGACUUGAAGAAUGAAAUGAAUCAAAUAUCUUGAGAAGAUAGAAUGGAAGUUAUCGUCACAAGCGUAGAGCUUCCCUUCCUUUGCCAGAGAUAUCAGUUGGUUUUUUUCAUACCCUUUUGGGUUAUGGGUUCUGAGAUCUUUUACCUUAUAGAUUACACUGGCCAAAGAAGAUGAGGAAAAAAGAAAGGAGUUCAGAAGUUAGGUCUAUGUAGUUCUGGAAAAUGUUUGAGAGCUGAGGAUAAAUGACUUAGCCUCAGCAUAGUGUCUCCAUUGUUUAAGGGCACAAUGAAAGAAUGGAGGAAGAAUUGCAACUGCCAUGGUGAAAAAGAGGAGGAACAAAUGGAAGAAAUGACCUUAAACCUUAGAUUCCCAACUCUGAAUCAUAAGCCAUGUGUAAGCAAAGUGUGAAUGGUGUCACAUUCUUGACUAAGAGGUCAGAAAUUCAAAGAUGGAUAGCAAGAAUCGCUAGUCUUUUUUGUUGUUCAUCUCUCUUUUUAUUUUUUUAUUAUUAUUUUAUUUAGGAGUGUACAUGAACCGGGUUGGAGGUAUUUUGUAGACCAAUCCGAAAAUUUCGGUUCGCUUUAAGUGAACCGUAUCGGUUCAUUUUUGAAUGAUCAACCCAACCUAACCCAACUCAAAAUUUUCGGGUUGGGUCAUCGGUUUUUUUUUUUAAUAAAUUAUUAUUGUUUUUUUAA